GCGUUCGCCUGCCACGACUGGCACUCGGCGUGGCCCAGGACCAAUGGUUGCUGCCGCACCGCAUCCGCAACCUGCUUUGAUCCCAGCGCAGAUCCAAGCACAGCAAGCCCAGGCCGCACAAGAACGCGAACUUGCGAAACGAAGAAGCCGAAAACCUACAGACAAGAACAUCCCCGAAGGAGUUGCCGAAGCAAUCAUCGGCGAUGGCGUACAGCGAUAUCAGGCCCUGCGUGACGUGGAGCGACGGCUCGACGCUACGAUGAUGCGUAAGAGACUGGACAUUCAGGACUCUGUCAAUCGCAAUGUGAAACGGUACCGGACACUACGCAUCUGGAUCUCCAACACAGCAGAGAACCAGCCCUGGCAGGCAAAGGGGCUCGAGGACAAUGCAUUUGAUUUUAGCAUGGCGACGGGGGCUUCGUACAAAGUCAGAAUUGAAGGACGAUUACUAGACGACGACGACCCAGAGGAUGUCUCAGACGACGAAGAGGAAGCUGGGGGAGACAAGCAAUCAGCUGCAGCAGCAGCGCCAUCAGAACCCCAGGGUAAUGCACCGGAUCAAGAUGGCGACAAGGGCGCAGACAAACCCGUCAAUCCUGCCGUGCCCCGACCCCGCAAGCGUUUCUCUCACUUUUUUAAAUCAAUCACUGUCGAAUUCGAUCGAUCAAGCGCCCUUCCCGUCGAUGCGUCUGCGAACAUUGAAUGGAAGAAGCCCGCUCUGCCGCCAAACGUGCCGCAGCUUCCGCCAUCAGCAGAUUUCGACUGUCUCGAAUUCGAACGCAAGAGCGACGAGAAUCUCAACUGCACAAUUAAUCUCGUCCGGGACGAAAAUCCCGAGCGCUACCGCCUGAGCAGAGAACUCGCCGAGGUUCUUGAUACCGACGAAGAUGCGCGAGCUGGCGUCGUUCUCGGACUCUGGGAAUACAUCAAGGCCAUGGGUCUGCAGGAAGAUGAAGAGAAGCGUACAAUCCGCUGUGACGACCGAUUGAAGGCGAUCUUCAAACAAGACCAGCUCUUCUUCCCACAUGUCCCCGACCUCAUCUUGAACCACCUAUCCCCCCUGCCGCCCAUCAAGCUGCCCUACACCAUCCGCGUCGACGCCGCAUACCAAGCCAGUCCCACCCCGACCGUCUACGACGUGCGCGUGCCGCUUGACGACCCCCUGCGCGCACAGAUGAUUGCGCUUACUACUAAUCCCGCUUAUCCCGCUACAUUGCGCUCUAUUGCCUCGCUCGACGACCAGCUCGCGCUGAUCAUUCAGGCCCUGGCCCAUUCCAAGGCCAAGCAUGGCUUCUUCACCGCCAUGGCUGCUGACCCGGCCGCGUUUGUUCGUCGUUGGGUCAGUUCCCAGCAGCGCGAUCUCCAAGUCAUCCUGGGCGAAGCCACGCGCGGCAUUGGCGCCGGUGCCGCAGACGAUGCGUAUGCCUCGGAUGAGUUUAGACGCGGUGGCCAAGCGGGCGUUUGGGGCUCCGAUGGUGUCCGGGAGAGUGUUGGACUGUGGCUUGCCCGGCCGUGA